AAGCUCGAUCAACAUAUAUAUAUAUAUAUUCAUGAAUACGUAUAUAUAUAAUAGUAUAUAUAUAUGUGUACACAAAUUUCAACCCGUCGUUUUAGCCAUAACCGAGCCCUUAAAACACCUCUGAGAUCUUCCCCUGCUUGAGAGGAGUCCAACGGAAGAAGAAUCAUUGAAAACGAUCGUGAAACGACGGAGAACGGGCUUGCCGGAGUUCCGCCGGGCUAACCGUAAAAACGGAAAACGGAGAAGACGGAGGAGCUGCCGCUGCCGCCAACCCAUCACUGACCUUCGCCGUCCCCAAACGAGUCUUUUACCACCACCGUAUCACGAAUCCGUCGAGGUGGAGUCCUCUGCUUCGGUUCGGGGGUAUCGAGAGGGUAGCGUGGGUUGCUGAUUCGUCGAGUGUGCCACCUGCAACUCUAACGGAUUUUGGUCGGUGUGAAUACUCUGCUUCGAGUAUUGCAUGAUGCUUAGGUGCGCUGCAGGUUUGAUCGAACGCUGCAAGACAUUGGCUCGGUUUUGUGACAACAUGAUGCUCAGAGGUGAUGAGGGCUAUCUGAUUCAGGACGAGGUGAUUGCUGGCAAGGAAGAGGCUCCGAACAGGAGUCUACGGGCGAAGGAAGAUGAAGAGGUGUUGAUCCGUCCCCCUCCCGAGCCGCCGCCAUGGAGGAAGUGUGCGACUAGGGUUUGGACGACUAGUUCUAUUUCUGUUUUACUCUAUUUGUGUUUUUACUUCAAACCACAUGUUGUUUUGUUUGUCAUGUACGCUUAUUUUUGUCAGACUAUUACAUUAGGUGGGGGUGAUGAGAGGUUUGCUCUGGCCACGUUAGGCUCAUUUAGACCCACUACAGGAUCA